AUGGCGUCGAGCGCGUCGCCUGUAGCUGCGCUUGCGCAGCUUGUGCUAGCGCCGCCGAGCGCGAGCGCUCUAGAAGAAUGCGCGCUGGCCUGCUUUGACGAGAUCGAGGCAACGCCCACGGCUUGGGACACGGCGGAGGUCGUGGUAGCCGUGGCCAAGUUCGUGCCGGUGUGGACGCUGUCGUCGAUUGGCGCGUACCCUCUCACGCCAUGGAUCGACGUACGACGUGUGCAAGAGCCAUGGAUGUCGUCCUCACGCACAGCGCGUCGUGCGCAAGCGCUGCUAGAUACCCUGCCUGUGACGCCGGACGUCUGCAUGGCCAUCUUGACCGACUACCUUCGUCCUCUCUUUCAACGGGGCCAUGCGCGUGUACACAGUGAGACAGGGCGCGCGAUCCAUGCGAGGACGUCCGCUGGCGCUGGCGCUGCUGCCUGGGACGAUACGAUGCCUGCCUGGCAAAGCACGGCACUCGAUGGACAUGGUCGCCUACCGUUGGGAUGCGUGUACGUGUUGGGAUGGAUCCUCACUCAUCUCCAGGAGGCGCCGAUGUCUGUAUGGGACCGAGCCUGGCCACUGGUCCUACCGCCGACCAUGGUCCUCCUUGACGCGCCUUCUGUGCCUACGAAGAUCCAGGGCGCUUGCGUAGCCCGUCUUGUAUGGCGUUGCGCGCCCUCGGCGUUGCUGCAUCGUACAGGUGUGGCGUCGUUGCUACGUGAGACCCUUACGUCGAUGCUCUCGUUCAUGUCGGAGCCGACGUACGGCCCGCCUCUUUUCUCAGCCGUGCUGGACGCGCAGCUUGCGUCCCUCUCGUCGCAGCCUAGCGAUGCCCAGUACGAGCAGGUGGUGGGGCUGCUAUCGCACGGCGUUUUCACCGCGCUGUCGUACUGUGCGCCGGCAUCGGCGUCGGUGCAUGUGCUAGCGCCGAGUGCGCCUGAUCAUACGUCGACCUUGCACCAUGCGCGGCUGCAACAGGUACUCGCUGGCACAGCGCUUACAUGGGCGUCUGUGCUGUAUACCCGCCUGGGCGAGGCUUCGUUGCGGUUCUGGCAUGCACAUAUGGACUGGGCUGUAGCAUGGCUGGAGCAUGCGUUCCAAGCAUGUACACCACCUUUUCCGUUCCGUGGACUUCCACGUCGUCCCGUCUCGGAGAUGGUCGACGAUCUUGUGGAGCAAGGCACGUUGCGCGAGAGGGACGCGACACCCGACGAGGCCUGGGACGACGCCGCGGCGGCGCUGCUUGCGAGUGUGUGUGCCUGCCUCGAGGCGACAUGCACGCUCGUCGAUAUCGCCGUGCAUGCCCCCGCGAGCACGUCGUCGCCCCCCUGGCCGGCGUACGCGCCUGGCCUGGCUACAUGGGGUCCUCGGCUGGUCAGUGCGUCGUGCAUGUGCCUGGUCCGCUGGCGCGAUUUGCAUGUCACGCAGCCGCCCUCCAUUGUCGCGCAGGGCGAGACUCUAUGUGCGCAUCUACAAUCCCUCGUACGUACAUUGAGCGCGAGUCCUGUGCCGGCCAUAGCCGAGAGUAUCCAGGCCCUAGCCAAGGUCGUGCCUGCGCAGGUAGCGUACCUCACCGCGGCGCCCUCCGCCACGUGA